UCCGACGUGCAUGCCGACCAUCCUCGCUGCGCGCGUAACCGCAGUAGGCUAUUCGACACAUCUUCUUCGCUUCUUCAUCUUUUCUUUAUUUGUCUGAAAGCAAGAAUAUUUAUGAAUGUCACACCCAGAAGCACAUGCUUGGAGAUAGAGGAUGAAUUCUAUAUUGUUUUAUGCGGACAAUCAGACAGAUGUGUCAGCGCUGUUCACCACCCGGCCAUCGGAGGGAGCUGGAGAAGCAAACGCUAGCUGUCGCUUCGAUGAGGAGUUCAAGUACGUCUUGCUGCCCGCGUCGUACAGCCUGGUGUGUGUCCUGGGGUUGGUCCUCAACUCCAUGGCCCUGUGGAUGUUUGUGUUCAAAAUGCGGCCCUGGAAGGCCGGGACCGUGUUCAUGUUCCACCUGGCCGUGUCAGACACGCUGUACGUGCUCUCCCUGCCCACGCUCAUCUACUACUACGGCAACCGCAGCCACUGGCCCUUCGGGGUGGCCCUUUGCAAGAUGGUACGUUUCAUGUUCUACGCCAACCUGUACUCCAGCAUUCUCUUCCUCACCUGCAUCAGCGUGCACCGUUACCUAGGCAUCUGCCACCCCAUCCGGUCCCUCGCCGCGGUGAAGCCCCGCGCCGCCCAGGUCGUGUGCGGCCUGGUGUGGGCCGCCGUCACCGCCUGCCUGGUGCCGAACCUCAUUUUCGUCACCACCAGCCGGCGGGACGGCGACACGCUGUGCCACGACACCACCAGGCCCCAGGACUUCGAGAGCUACGUGAACUACAGCUCGGCCGUGAUGACCAUGCUCUUCGGCGUUCCCUUCCUGGUGAUCGUGGUGUGCUACUGCCUGAUGGCGCGGGCCCUGUGCCGCCCCAGACGCGGUCUCUCCCCUGGCCAGCACCGAGGGUCUUCCCGCAGGAAGUCCGUCACGCUGAUUGUGGUGGUGCUGGCGGUGUUCGCCGUGUGCUUCGUGCCCUUCCACGUGACACGUACCCUGUACUACGCGUACCGAGUGCUGGGCGCCGACUGCUCUGCGCUGAACGUCGUUAACUUUGCCUACAAGAUCACACGCCCGCUGGCUAGCGCCAACAGCUGCAUCGAUCCCAUUCUCUACUUCCUGGCCGGGGACCACUACCGCUCCAAGCUGAUCCGGGCCCUCACCCGCCAGACACCCGCUCGCUCUAUUGCCUCCGCGCCGCUGCCGCCCUCCCUCCCUCAGCCUUACAAUAUAUAUAAGAUCCCAGACCGUAAUCCCUACCAGGAGCCAAAUAGCUAGAGUCGGGAGAUAUGCUGUAAAACUGAGCGCUGUCAUGUGCUGCACUGGGUAGAGAUAUUUGCUGAAACACAAAACCUUGGUAUCCAUUGC